CGCCCAGGCUUUUGGCUUUAUGUAGUUUUCAGCUCCACUUUGUGUAAACGCUUCAGUCAAUUUGGACUUAGUGUUAGCUUAAAAUAUUUCUCUGGCUAUUCCCGAGAGUUCUUCGCACUUUUCCAUUUUACUCACUAGAGAAACAUGAGCUUUUUGAAGGAGUAGGUGAAUUUAAAGUGCGGUCAGUAGGUGUUUUAAUUAAUGCGUCUGUCCCUGCGAUGGCAAAACCUUUAGAUCACAUCAAGAGACCUAUGAACGCCUUCAUGGUUUGGUCCAGAGGUCAGAGGAGGAAGAUGGCCCGGGAAAACCCGAAGAUGCACAACUCUGAAAUCAGCAAGAGACUCGGAGCGGAGUGGAAAAUGCUCUCUGACUCUGAGAAGCGUCCCUACAUCGACGAGGCCAAGAGACUGCGGGCUCAGCACAUGAAGGAGCACCCGGAUUACAAGUACAGACCCCGGCGCAAACCUAAGAGUCUCCUGAAGAGGGACCGGUUCGUUUUCCCGUUGCCGUCUUUACUCGGGGACGCAGCGGAACACUUGAAAGGAUUUUCCAUCGACUCUUUUCUCGUCCCCGGGGAUAAAGCCAGAGCUCUCCUGGCUCCCGCCUCCGCUGCUUCCUCAUUCUCUCUCCUGGAGCCGGUGGCACAUUUCAGCACCGGAGCUGUCCAGCGGAUGGCGGAGAUACCGCACUCUCUGACCGCAGGCGCCGUGCCCUACAGCGCGCACACCUUUGGAUACCAGACUGGAGGGUUUGGGGGUCUGCCCUGCCCCGCACAGCACACCCACACUCACCCAUCGCCUUCCGGCCCGGGAUACAUGAUGCCGUGUAACUGUGGCGCCUGGUCUGCAGCUACUUUACAACCCCAGGUGGCAUAUAUCCUCUUUCCUGGAGGGAUGACCAAGAGCGGCAUGGACUCGUACGCUUCACCCAGCUCCAGUGUGUGACAGACUGGAUACACAUAAAGACGCAUGGGCAGGAGGGGGAAAGUUUGCGCACAGAAAGAAGAAGAGGUCGUUUAGAGACUCAGGCUUAGAUGACCACAUUUAAAUAUUAAAGUGUCAGCGCAGAUAUUUCAAUCAUGGAUUGAUUAAAAAAAAAACCUAUAAAAGUCCCUGUAUUACUCCUUAUUCCAUGUAAAUAGAGUAAAAAAAAGUAUUUAGAGAAGGGGGAGGGUGGUGAUGAUGCUAAUUUGUUACUCUUUUGUAAGAAAAAUCGUUUCAGUUUAAAUACAGUGGACAUGCAUAACAUAGGACCAACAUGCUGAAGUUAUAGACUUGUCUCCUCCCCCUUUCCAAAACAGGUUUUCAUUAGUUCUCACACUUGGACAGUUAUUCCACAGAAUAUCUGCUUCAUUAAGUGGGACUGUUUUUGUUUGAUUGAUUGAUUUGUACUCUGAAUUGGGAAUAAUAAA